UUUUUUUGCGGUCUUUUUUCUUGUGGACGUUUUAUGAACUUUUUUGCGCAUAAUUAUUGCAAACAUUUCUUGCGGACUUUUCUUGCAUAUAUUUUUGCAGACUUUUAAUGACUUUUUUGAGAACAUGAAUAAAGCACAUUUUUUGCCGUUAUUCUUUCAAACAUUUUUUGAGUGUUUUUCUUGCGGAUAUUUUCUUUUUAUAACAAGAAUAACAAAAAUAACAACAACACGUUCAGUAAAACAAUUUCCAGUUGAGCCAGGAGAUUUGUAUUUUGAUGCCGAUGGAAAUCCAAUACUUAAUGGUUUUGAUGAAGCAAUUUCUUCACCAUCCCCAGCAGGAGGAGGAAGAGCCUCAGAUUUUAGUAGAUGCUCCCCUUCUGAAGAUGAUUUUCUGCCUUCUAGUUCUGCUGGAACAAUUAUUGCGGAUGAUCAUUCUAUUGGCAUUGAUUUAAUAAAUACUACCAAGAGGUCUUGUGAAAGAGAAGUAUCACCUAAAGGUUUGGACGAAAUUGAUGGGAAAACGAAAAGAGAAACUCCAAGUGCUCCCGGCAUUCCACAAAUAACAGAAUGUUUUGAAGAAAUAAUUGAAGGAGAGGGAGAUAUUGUUCCUUUAACAAUCUCUUUGUGUUGGUCUUCCCCCGAAUUUGAAGGAACUGCUGGCCAAUUAAUUGGUUAUAGAGUGGAAUUUAGACGUUCAGAAUUGGAAGAAUGGGAACCGGCACAUGAUGAUUUGUUGGGAGAAAAUGAAUGUAAAAUUACCAAUUUGGACCCAGAAGAUCAUUACCAAUUUCGAGUUGUUGGGGCUAAUAUGGCUGGAUUUGGAAUUCCGUCAGAGGCAUGUCCAGCAAUUCGUUUACGGCCAGAAAGUACUCAAUUUGGAACUGAAGCUCAAUAUCCACCUCCACCACCUAGUCAACCUCAAAUAAUAAAUAUAGGAACAGACAAUGCAACAAUUGAAUGGAAGAAUUUGACAGAGGGAAAUUAUAAAUAUUUGGUACAAUAUAGAGAAAUAAAUACACUAAAUUGGAUUAAUGCUAUUAACUCACCUACUAAAGAAAAUAAAUUUAAAGUUGCCAAUUUACGUCCAAACGGAGAAUAUGAAUUUCGAAUAAUUUGUUUAGACGAAAAUGGCAAAAAUUCAACUAGUCCUUCAUCAGGUUUUAUUCGUAUUCGUCCCCCUGCUCCAAUUCGAAAUGGAAAAAUUUCUUCACAAAAUUUUAAAUCGAAAGAUUUGGCGGCGCCUGAAGCGCCUGGAAAACCAAAGGUAUUAGAAUCUGGCUCAAAUUGGAUUCAUUUACAUUGGGAUACUCCAAUCCCUUCUACUUCUUAUGAUAUUUCUUCUUUUUCUUCACCUUUUGAUUCAAAUUUGGCAUAUUUAAUAGAAAUACGUGAAUUUGGUGUUGGUAAUUCUGGUUGGAAACAAUUAUUUGAUAGAACAACAGGACAGGGAAUGUUAAAUUACACGACUAUUAAUGACCAUUUUGUUGGUAGGUUUUUUUUAAUAAAUUGA